ACUAAAGCUAACUCACAGGCUCCUUCUUCUAGUCCGAAUGUACUACAUAGAGUGUUGCGUUAAACAGAGAGCGAGUUCCUCAGACGCUAAUCUCACACACUGACAGGUCGAGUCCAGGUUGAGGUGGAAUCGAGUUCAAGGUAGAAGUGUGUAUUUGGAUCUAAAGACAUUUCUCUGUGUAUUUAUGGAACUUCUCUCUAAGUGGGAAAAACAGAAAUGUCCCAAAUCCACAAAGUACAGAUUUUCUCACCAAAAAUAUUGGCUCAUCGUGGUGGAGGCACAUCAUUCCAGUGUGCUGGUUUUUGCUCUCGUGCUUUUGUGUUUGACGAUCCUGCUCAUUCUCAGUUUGCUCACUUUGCCGACCCCAGAGCCAGACACGCCCACUCUGGGAUCCGAAACAAGGAGCGUGACUCUUCUCAUCUGGUGGCUUCCUUUUGGAAAUGGACUUCCUCUCCCCGACUGUACAGUGAGCUAUGGUGUGCAAGGUUGCACCGUGACGACAGACAGGCGUGCAUAUGCUCACGCUGAUGCCGUCAUAGUACACCACCGUGAUCUCUUGAUGAACUGGGAGGAGCUGCUGGAGAAGCCACGCCCCCCGCUGCAGAAGUGGAUCUGGAUGAACUUUGAGUCGCCAUCACACUCUGGGUUUCUGCACCAGAUUGAUGGGAUGUUUAAUCUCACCAUGUCAUACCAUGCGGGUUCUGAUAUUUUUCUACCGUACGGUUACCUUGAGCCACACCGUUCCUAUGGUAACAGACAGAUCCGCAUGAAGCGUAAGCGUGGUUUAGUAGCAUGGGUGAUCAGUAACUGGAGAGAGGAGCAGGACAGGGUGCAGUUCUACUACCGAUUUCACCGUUACCUGCACGUGGACAUUUACGGACGUGAAUUUCUUCCGCUAGUAAACAACAGUGUGGUGAAAACCGUCUCAGGUUACAAGUUCUACCUCGCAUUUGAAAACUCGUGUCACACAGACUACAUUACAGAGAAACUCUGGUGCAAUGCUUUGGUCUCUGGUGCUGUUCCAGUGGUGCUCGGGCCAUCCCGAGAGAACUACGAGCGUUUUCUUCCUGCUGAUGCCUUCAUCCACGUGGAGGAUUUCAAAGACCCGCGUUCACUUGCUUCCUACCUCAAACGCCUGGACCGUAAUCCUGCCCUCUAUCGCCGUUACCAUGCCUGGAGGCGGAACUACAAGGUGCAUGUGACCUCAUUCUGGGCAGAGCACUUCUGUGCUGCCUGUAAGGUUGUGCAAGACAACCUCCUCGUGAACAAAACCGUCAGAGACCUCGCAUCGUGGUUUCUGUCCUAAGGGGUGAAGUCUGAGUCCGAGUCCGAAACAUUUUUGCUGAGUUUCUAUUUCUUUAUUAGUCUUCUUUCAGUAAUAUGUGUGGUAAAAUGUGUCUGAUGUCCAAAUCAGUUUGUACUGGAGAUACUGCUGUAAUCCUCAACAUAGGGCUCUGAGAAGAUGGGAAACAUUAUUCAUGAACCCAGCCCAGGUUAUGAGUUUACACCUUGUUUUGUUUCAGUUUUUCCAAAUCAGCAUCUUGUAUGACUUUGCUGUCUGGCGUUUGAUGUAAUUAGUUGUUUUUCUGUUUUGUUUGUUUGUGUAUCGAUCUCCCGUUUAAGUUUCAAUUUGCAAUUUGCAUUUUACAAUUUCCUGAAAGCAUCAAUUCUGCUCAAGUUGUGAUGAUAAUGAAUUUGGAUAAGAUGACAGAGCUUGGAGGGGAGGCCGUAACCAGCUGCAGCAUCGAAAUGAGAUUCAGACGAAGCUGUGAUGGAUUUCACAAUGUGCUCAUUUAGUAUUUAAACAAAGGGUAGGGAUACAGUCUGGGUGGAGAUGAAACUCACACACACUGGGCCUCAUUUAUUACAGUUGUGUGUAAGUAACUCGAUUAAAAAUUCCUGGCAGAGUUUCAUAAUUUCCAUAAUUGUGUGUGUGUGUGUGUGUGUGUGUGUGUGUGUGUGUGUGUGUGUGUGUGUGUGUGUGUGUGUGUGUGUGUGUGUGUGUGUGUGUGUGUGUGUGCAUCAUGACAUUUAGUCUGUAAAUGCCAAUCAGCUGCAUGUUAACAAAUAACAUUUAUAACACCUUUAUAUUUAGCUCCACCCACAAAUCAAAAAAUGUAAAGCUCAAAGAGAAAAUGACAAAAUGGUGACUGAACUGAUCACUAAGUGAAUCUUCCAGUAAUGCAGCUCGUCCAUCGCAGCAUGCCGGCUACCAGGGAAACAGGCCAGUUCCCAACUCAGCGUUAGCAGAUUGACCAAAAGCACAGUUUCUAAUUAAAGAUGUUUACAGCUGCAGAUCUCUGUUUUGUUUUAGUGACCUUGAAACGAUAAGACGAGAAGAGUGAGUGAUUUCUAGAACAUAUUAUACAGAAGAAGAAGUGUAAAACUUCUUUUCCCGCAUUAUAUAAAGCGGACUUUCCUCACAUGUCGGUUCAGGUAGGAUUUGUGUUACCUCCUGUUCAGUUUGUAGACAAGUAAAUUACAGCCUAAUCUUUUCAUAUGUACAGUAAGUUGAUGUCUGUAUUUGAGCAGACAGAUAUAAAUCCCAGAGACACUCUGAUUAUCACCACCGCUUGCUCCAUUAAAUGAUUUCCUAACAACUGACAAUUCUUGAAUCUGGGAAAAUGUAUCGAAAGACUUAUUGUGAGAUUCAUAGUCGA